GUCACUGCAGCAACUGUGAAGAAUUUGAGAAUACAUGCGCGAAUGAAACUAUGCAUCGCACGUUUCAGGCGCGUCACGUAAGUAUAGUUUGUGCCGCAUUGCACAGUUCAAAACGUCACCACUCUAAAUAGAAAUGUUUUAAGAGAAGAAGCGGAAGGGAAGUCGCAGUUUUUCCACUUAUACGCAGUGUUUGCUAGUUUGGAAUUGUACAUCGAAAUAUAAACGUCUGCUUGUAUUUGCGACGUAGAAUCAAGCGAGAAAAAUGUCAUCUGGACCGAUUUUGAAUCCCCCAAUCCCUUUUGUGGGAGCUAUUGAAGGUGGCUUAGUACCUGGAAAAAUGGUAAAAGUUCAAGGCAAAGUUCCUGCCGAUGCUGUGCGUUUCGCUGUGAACUACCAAUUGGGACCAACAUUAAAUCCAAGAGAUGAUAUUGCCAUUCAUGUUUCACCACGUUUCACAGAAGGAUUUAUUACUAGAAAUCAUAUAGUAUCAAUGACUUGGGGGCCAGAAGAAAACGAUGGUCCUAUGUGGAUACAACCUGGCCAAGAAUUUGAGAUGCUCCUUUUAUGCGACUUUCGAUCUUAUAAAAUCGCCAUAAAUGGCAGACACUUUGUAGAAUUUAUUCACCGGUUACCAUAUGAAAAAGUAACACAUUUGGUUAUUGACGGAGAUGUGGAAGUGCAAUCUAUAUCAUAUGAGAUUGUUCCCAUUGAUCCACCUCGUUCUCCUCGAGACGUAUCUGCUCCAGAUGUAUCUGCUGCUGAUUUUGGACCGCCACCGCCUGGAGGAUUAUAUCCUACAAUACAAGGUGGAUAUGGUCCACCACCUCCAGUUCCAGGAGGUUAUGGACCUCCUCCACCUGGAGCAGCCGGUUAUAAUCCACCAAGGGCAUAUGGAUAUCAGCCUGGAUAUGAAAAGCCUGAGGAAGAAGACGCAUUUAGUGGUUGUUUGGAUAAAGUUGGAUUAGCGAUAGGGGGAUUAGUUGCAGCAGGAGGCAUAGCAGCAGCCGCACAUGCUAUAAGUAAAAAAAAAGGGGACGUUGAAGAAGAUCAGGAAAAAUCUGACGCAUCCAAAUCGAAAACAGAGAGUGAAAGUGGCUUGGGGAAUCUUGGUUCUCUUGGCGCAGCUUUAGCAAGUAGCUUAGUGACCAAUGCUUUAAGUAAUUCACAUGCACAACAAGGCUAUCCCUCCCAGCAACCAAGCGGUGGUGGCGGUGUAUUAGAUUCUAUUCUUGGAGCAUUAGGUGGCAGUGGCGGGCAUAGCACAGCACUACCACCUCCUCCAAGUCAGCCGAGUGAUCCAUUGACAGGGGCCUUAGGAUCCAUUAUUGGUGGUGUCCUUGGAGGUGGUGGAAAUCAACAACCAAAUUAUCAACCUUCAGGAGGUUAUGGAAAUUAUCAACUCUCUGGUGGAUAUUCUAACCAAUCAUCAAAUUCAGAUCUUUUAUCUGGGAUAGGAUCAGCUUUGUUUAGUUCUGCUUUAGGAAGUCUUACCAAGCAUGGUAAAGAUAAAUCUCUUGAAGAACAUCAUUCAACACCAUCAUCAACUUAUAGACCAAGUACUCCACCAUCUGUACAACCUCCUGCAUCUUCUGAUAGUCCUGCCUCAGGAAAGAAAUUAACUGCCGAUGAAAUUUCGAAAGGACUAGGUUUAGAAGAUUAAUGUAAGUUGAGAUAAAAAUUCGUAUCAAAGAUAUAUGAAAAUGAAAAUUUUAUGCUCUCUUAUUGAUAUAUAACAUAAAAUGAGCUAUAUUAUUUUAAAUAUGAUAAGUUAAAACAUUACAAAUAUGUGCACAAUAUGAUUGUGUGUUAGAGAUGUUUAAUGUAAAAGGCAGCUAAUUAUAUAUUUGACAUAAAAAUUUCAAUAGAAAGCAUUACAAAGAAUGUAAUACGAGCUGUUUCAAUCUCAUGCUAUACAUAAAGAGAUUAAUAUUUUUUGUAUAUAGAAUAUUUAUUUAAAAUAAAUUUGCUCCAAUUGUUUUUACGCAAUUUUACAAGUAAAAGAAAAUGAAAUAUUUAUAAUACAAUCUUUUCAAGCUUUGUAGUUGACAAUUUAUAAACAAGACGAUAUUUUUUAAGAUUUAUUAUAUUUUUAUAAAAAUGCUAAUAGAAUUCAAAUGCAUUAACAAAAUGUUACUUAUUUUCUCUUCUAUGCAAAGAAUAAAAAAACAUACAAAUAUGUAUACAAAACAUAAAGUAUUAUAUAUCAAUAAAUUUAUUCUUAAUGAAUAAUAUCUGUUGAUGAACAUGUUUCCAAUAUUAUCCCACGAUGUGUCUGUAAUAUAAUGAAUAUGUUAACUAUACAUUUAUAAUAUGAGGAAAAAUGUCUAAGUAAACUUACAUUUGUUUCAGAUUUUAAUGCUUCAAGUUCUUUUUUCUUAUUUUGAUUAAAAAAUCCAAUUUUAAUUAAUGCCAAUAUUAACAAUAUUAAUAAUAAAAUUCCUAAGACAAUUGAUAAAACUAUAAUCCAUGUAGCAAUGUGUUGAGUCACUGGUGAACCUAGGAACAUUGUAGCAAUGAUAGUACCAUUGGGUUUAUGUUUAAUUUUUUGGAUAACAUGAUGUGAUUCUAAAAUAUUGACUUUUCCACUAGAUAAGAAAAAUAUAAUGUCUUUUUUUUCCAUGAUCUUUGCUGUAAAAAAUUAACAAAAAA